AUAUCAGAGACUCUCCAGUACUGGGCAACGGUGUUUAACAGCCUCACCGUCAUAUGCAAUCGGGAAACCCCGAAUCAUCGAGACCCCUCAUCGAUUUCCAAAUGCUUCGAUAUUCUCACUAGCGUGGGGAAUUAUUCUAAUGCUUGGAUGAGUAUGCCAAGCCUGCAGCUGGAGUUAAGGUACGAUCCGGGGUGCAUGAUUGCAUUUUCGGGAAGGAUUGUCAGA